UAAAGUUAAAAGAAACUGUGAUUUAUAUUCAAAAUAAAUUUAGAGCAAACAGAACUUCAAAAAUAGCAAGAGAGAAUUUUCAAAACUUACGUUCAGCCGUCAUUACUAUUCAGAAUCAUUAUAGAACUUUGAAACAAAUGAAAAUUGCAAGAAACCGUUAUCUAGAUUUGCAAAAAGCAACGCUUUAUAUACAAAGGUUAUUCAGAGCCAAAAAAUGUAUGGAAGAGACUAGGAAUGGUUUCCAAAAAUUACGAAAAGCCACAAUAAUAAUUCAAAGAAGAUACAGAGCUUUGAAGCUAAUGAGGAAAGAUAGAAAUAACUAUAUGGAAAUAUGUAAAGCUACAGUAUUAUUACAAACGAAAUAUAGGGCUAUGAAAAUAAUGAAAAUUGCAAAAAAUAACUACCAUAAUUUACGAAACGCUACAAUUACAAUUCAGAGACGCUACAGGGCUUUAAAACUCAUGAAAGGUAUCAGAAACUAUUACUUACAAGUGUAUAAAGCAACAGUUUUUAUACAAAGAAAGUAUAGAGCCAAUAAAGCUAUGAAAAUUGCCAAAAACGAUUUUCAGAAUUUAGUCCAUGCUUCGAUAACAAUCCAAAGAAGAUAUAGAGCUAUGAAACGAAUGAGAAUAGUUAGACAUAAUUAUUUGAGGAUAUAUCAAGCUACUUUGCUUUUGCAGAGAAAAUAUAAAAGUUAUGUAAUAACAAAAAUUGCGAGAAAUAACUUCCAAACAUUACGUCAAGCUGUGAUUAUAAUUCAAAAAAGAUUUAGAGCUCAAAGAUUAAUGAAAAGUGCAAGAAAAGAAUAUCUCGAUUUACAAAAAGCAAUACAAAUAAUUCAAAAACGUUACAGAGCUCAGAAAGCAAUGCACAGUGCCAAAGAAACUUACCAAAAUUUGAAACAAGCUACAUUAACAAUUCAAAGAACAUACCGAAUGAAAAUGGUAAGAAAAUAUUAUCUGGAAUUGCGGAAAAGAACUAUUUUCAUACAAAGACUGUACAAGGCCAAUAAAGCUAUGAAAAGUGCUAAAAAUGAUUUCCAAAAAUUGAAAAACACCACUGUAGGAAUUCAAAGAAGGUACCGAGCUUUAAUAUUAAUGAGAGAUUCAAAAAAUAAUUACCAGAAUCUAAAAAGAGCAACUAUCGUAAUACAAAGGCACUUCAGAGCUAAAAGAGCUAAAGAAAUUGCAAGAAAUGAUUUCUUAAACUUACGUCAUUCCGCAAUUGUAAUACAGAAGAGAUAUCGGGCUAUAAAAUUAAUGAAAACCGAGCGAAACAAUUAUCAACAAUUAAAACAGGCUACAAUAACUAUACAAAAUAGAUUUAGGGCAAACAGAACCAUGAAAAUUGUUAAAAGGGAUUACCAAAACCUACGUGAAGCCACAAUUAAUGUCCAACGAAGAUAUAGAGCUUUGAAAUUAAUGAAGAAUAACAGAUGUGAUUAUUUAAAUCUAAGAAGGGCUGCAAUAUUUGUUCAAAGGAAAUAUAGAGCAAAUAUGAUGAUGAAAAUUGCUAAAAUCGAGUAUCAACGUUUACGUAAUGCUUCAAUUACAAUUCAGAGGAAAUAUAAAGCUUUAAAAUCAAUGAAGAACGCUAGAGAUGAUUAUUUGCAAUUGCAAAAGGCGGCACUAUUUGUACAAAGGAAAUAUAGGGCUACCAUGGCCAUGAAAAUGACGAAAACAUAUUUCCAGAUGAUUCGAAAAUAUACGAUCGUUAUUCAAAGAAGGUAUCGAGCAUUAAGAUUAAUGAAAUCUGUCAGGAAAGACUACUUAAACAUAUAUAAAGCCACUUUAGUGAUUCAACAAAAGUAUAAAGCCAAUAAAGCUAUGAAAAUUGAAAGAGCUUACUAUAUCAAGUUAAAAACUUUAACAGUAGUACUUCAAAGAAGAUAUAGGGCUAAAUUAAAAUCAAGAAUUGCUAAUGCUUUGUAUUCUAAACUAAAAACCGCAUCAAUUAUAAUUCAAAGGGCGUUUAGAAGGUAUUUACUAAUGAAAAAAACUCGACAACAGUUCUUGCAAAAGCAUAAUGCUGCAAUAGUGAUACAGAGAAAAUUCAGGGCCAAUGAAUUAAUGAAACAACAACGAAUUUAUUAUAUAAGCCUUCGAGAAAAAGUUAUUGUUCUUCAAGUAAAGUACAGAGCAAAAAGGGCAAUGUUAAGGGAAAUUCAUAAGUAUAACAAUCUUCGAAAUGCCACUGUGACCAUACAAAGGUGGUAUAGAUCAAUUAAUUUAAUGAGAACGCAAAGGCGCGAAUACAUUUUACUAAAAAAAUACACAAUUCUAAUUCAAAGGAGAUAUAGGGCUUCAGUAGCAAUGAGAAAUGAAAGGCAAAGAUAUUUAACGCUUAAAAAGGCCGUUAUUAUAAUACAAAACAGGUUUAGAGCAAAACGGCAUAUGAUUAACGAUAGAUCGCGAUAUUUGAAUCUGAAAAAAAUUGUGGUAAAAGUCCAAAGGACUUUACGAGAAAAGAAAAUAGAAAGAGAAAAAAUGGAGGCCAUCGUGAACCUACAGAGAUGUAUUAAAGGAUAUUUGUUCCGCAAAAAGUUCAAAAAAGAAUUUACAAGCAGGAGACAAGAACGGGAAAAACAAAUAAAAGAACAUAAUGCAGCAAUAAAAAUUCAGGCCAAUUGGAGAGGUUACUUCGAAAGAAAAGGGAGUUCUUCAGAAAUAAAUAAUAUUUACAGUAGACUUGAAAAUGCAACUAAUAACGCACAUCCAGAAAAGACACUUGGUCAUAGAAGGGAACAAUGCUUGCAUCUUCUUAUUCAGGAUAAUCCGUCAAUGGGUCAGAUUAUACGUGCUCUCACUGAUCUUGAUUAUAAAUUCUUCUACAUCUAA